UUUCUUUACACAGUGAACGAUCUGGUAACAAGACUUCAGAACAUUUCUCGUAUUCUGCUAUCAUAAGGUGUCUUUCUCGCUUAUUUCCGCAGUUUACAUCAUUCUGCAUCUGGCGUCAGUACUUCGCAACUUGUGAUGGAUGACAUUAAUGACAUUUUGACUGACUUAUUUCUGGUGAAAUUGUCAAAAAAGAUUUUGAUUGUGAAUGUCGCCGCAGUCGACUUCAGCGCAUACCUGGGAUUCACCGCAGCCGAUGGCCAAGCUGCAGCGAUGGGGGCCAUUAACAAUAUGAAUCCAAGUAGCGCAUACAAUACUCUCUUGUCCAAGUUUGUUAUGAGACAUGGACGGAAGAGUGAAAGUGCUCAGAAUCUGAGAAAGAGAUUUCUACAGAAUGGAAUGGAGGACCAUGCUAAUGACAUCAAAGCAGAAUUAGAGAAGUUUAUAACUCCUGUCCCGUCAGACGCAGAAACCCUCAAGGACUCACCUGUAUCCCUCCCGAACCCUCCUAGCGGCACACCAGGUAAGGGAGCAGAGGCCGCUGGUGGGUGCAAAGACGAAUAAAGCACGUGUGGAUCCAGCUUACCUGAGGGUACUGAAGAGAAAAUGAUAAUAUGAACGUCCAUCCUGUCGUUAUUUUUCAUUUACUUUUUGUUGUACAUAGUGUUGAUAACUUCAUUAGUAGGAGGUUUAAGAACACAAACACUUUUUCACUUUUACUUUUCCCAAACUAAUGAUUUAAAAGAAUAAAAAGUAACAUGAUGUCGUGAAACUUAUAGCAAAUUGCAAUGCUUUUUUAAGACUUAGUUACACGGUAUUACAGGGAGAAUUUUUCUACGUAAUUUGUAAUUGUUUGAAGCAAAAACUUUUCAUGCUAGUCAUCUAGAAAGUAGUAAAUUUAUUGUUGGCAUUUUUUUCUGUGCAUAUUUCGUUUUUCUCUUCCCAAAACUGUUCACCAAAUGUUUUCGGAUACUCCACCCCCUCCUCGCGAAGCCUGGUGUAUAUUAGGCAUAUGAAUGUUUUUUUACUUCAGCACUUUCUUUCUUUAAAUUUCCUUACAUUUUGUUGUUUUCAAUCUGAUAAUGAAGUAGCCCUGAGCAAAAAACACAACAAAAAAACAAUGGGGGAAAUUGUUUUCAAUUAAGUUUUCAUGACUCUAGAACAGCACUGUAUAUAUUUGUAGUGCUGUGGCUUUUUAACCAUAAUAAUGCACUGAAGUGGUUAAAAGAUCUGUUGAUAUUUGUGGAUCAUUAAAGUGCCAACUCCAAAGUGUCUUAUUAUGACCUUGGUCCACACUAUGGUUUUGUGAGGGCAACCAACAUUGAUGGCUCCUUUUCUCCAUUACAUGAUUUCAUGGAUCACAUCUGUAUUUAUUCUGUCAGGAUCUGUACGGCUUUAUAUACCAAUAUCAAUUCAUGAUCAACUAUUAAUAUUUUCAGGUGAUUUGAAAUCAUCACAGUUAUAAACCUGCAUAUUCAUGUCUUUUCAGUAUCCAUGAUUCUAUCCCCCACCCCCUUCCCUACAUUGGCUCCAUAUCCUUUUUGGCGUUUUUGUGUUUUUACAAAAACCAAUGCGAGUAUCGACGAUUGGACGGGUAAACCUGCUAGCCCAACAUCCGCACUGGAUA